AUGGGCCUUUGGCCGUUUGGGAGGAAGAAGAGCCAGAAGGUAUCGCAUGGUGGGCCUGAUAUUUCACGAUCCGAAAGGGUCUCUAUGCAGAAUGCAGGAACGGCGCCGGUGGUCAGGGGGCAGAACGAUGUCGAGAUCGCUGGCGGUCCUGAGCGACGGAGGAGUCGCAGAGACAAGAAACGAAGAUCGUCCCGGGAGUCGAAGAAAUUGAAGAGGAAUCCCGAGAGACAGCGAACGUACAGCUUUUCGCCCGGGAGAAACGACGACAUCCAGAUUACUCGGGACGUCAAUAGGCCACCGGUACCUGAAGUGCCUGCGCAUUUGAAAACAAAGACGGGUAGAUCGAAUACCGAGAGACAGGUGGGAGUGCCGGCUGGUCAGAAACCAACACGAGCGAGUACACAACCUCCAGAAUCCUCGUAUGAGUGGCACAGGAUGCCGACAUUACACAAGAGAAGUGCUCAGGAGUUGGCACGGCGGAAGUCGAGUAAGAAGAGAAAGGAGGAUCAUCAAAGGGAGGAGGAGAUCAAGGCCAUGGCUGCUUAUAUGCCAACAAGACCGGCGGUAGAGCACAAUUCGUCGGGACGGUUGGUGAAGAGGGAUAGUAAAAGAGUACGCUCUGGGUUGAACAAGAAUUUGCAGAAUCCGUCAUCGGAUAUAUCUCUGCCUACGGUAGACUCGCUGCGAACCUCGCUAUCUGGAGCGUCAGAUCGACAAACAUCCUAUGUGUUGUCAGCCUUUGAUAUGCUGGCACCGCGGCCGACGAUCAAGUAUGCUGAGAAUCCUCGAUACGCUCCAGGUGCGACCGGAUUUGGAUCAGAUAGUAUGGAUUCAAGAAGGAGGAGGGUAUCAGACCGCAUGGCCUUAGACCAAGAGGUCUUAAAGGCGAAUAGGAGGAUCGAUGAGCUAGCAGAUGAUCUCAGCGCAGGCGAACUACGAGAAUUAAUGGAACGCGAUCAGAAGAGAAGAGACAAGAAGAAGAUAGCGGAACGGAUAAAGAUGGAGAGGAGGAUUGCCAAGAAGCAGGAAAAGCAGACGGCAGCAGAAGAAGUUGCUGUGCGAAAUGGAACCCCUCCACCGGUCAACAUGCACCGAGGUGUUUUGGGCCGAGAUAUGGUCGGAUUGGGUAUUGGUACUUCAGCAGUUGUCGCAUCCAGCAAAAGAAAGUCUUCUUCGGAGUCAGAUAAUGGGAGAGCAAACCGACCAGCGCAGUUGCGACAGGAUUCGGAUCUGGAGAGACCGGUGGCUACCUUUCAAAGAACUGAUAGUUUGGCGACAGAGAAUUUGACCCCUGGAAUCGAAAGAGAGGAUCCAGUGGUUGACGUUGCAAAGGUUGGAACUGUUGCUAAAGCGCAAGUCUCUCCAACCUUACCGCCAAAGCAACAUCGUCGCGGGCAAUCCAGUAUUUCCCAGAUGAUGGACCUCAACAAGUCGGAACCCAAGACAGUAGCCGAGCCUCGGCCUGUUCCUUCAGUACCUGUACUUGCGCCAUUGAAAAAGGAGCCUUCACGUAGGAGUUCAGAGACCAGUAGUUUCCGAGGACGUGCUCCUCAGUCAUGGACGUCUUUUUUCAGAAGAUCUAGGACAAACAAGAGCAAUAAGCGCGAUUCUGCACCACCGUCAUUCUCUAAUACUUCUCGAGACUCGAUGCAGAACACAUCAUUCUCACAAAAUGCAUAUACUCAAAGGCCUAAUCCUAACAUGCCAAAACGGACUAUGUCCAAGUUCAGAGAGGAUUUACCUGAAUUACCGUUAUCACCACCGGACUCUAGGGUACAGUCUCCUGAAGCAGACGUCCUUCCACCGAUUCGCGAUCAUCCUGAUAAGAAGUCAUUAAAGACAUCGACGGACGAUUUGCGGGUACGAUAUGAUACACCAAAUAGUGGUUAUCGAUCAUUGGAUGCGGUUAGGACGCAAAAUGAAACUCCUACUACUGGCCCUCGGGUAGAAGCUCCAUCUCCAGAGCCUGCAGCCAUUCUUUCGCAGUCACUAGCUUCUAUUGAUUCUGAGGGUUCAUGGCUAUCUGGUGGCAAGAGCAGUUCGAAACGAGGAUCUUCGCAACUGGCAAAUCAUCCACAAGUCCCGCUACAUGAUAGCGCAAACAAUUUGCAGAGACGAUAUGAGGAGUACUCUGAAUCAGCCGAGGAACUUGGACUGGCUGAAGACGAAUAUUUCAGCCGUCUUACACCUGGUCCUGAAGAGCAGUACAAGAUUCAUAGAGCUUCCACUGGCAAUCCAAUGCCCUCUAGUGACGAAGAGGAUGGGGGCAGCCUUGCCAGUCCGGUGCCUUCAAAAACAAAAUGGGGAGCGGUUGCUAGAACACCUACUGUAGUUCAUCGCGAACCAAGGGCGAAAUCUAGAGAAGGACUGCUGAAUGAUUUCGAAGAUGAUUCCUCUUCAAGAACAACAUCAAUGACAGCUUCCAUGUCAGCUGGACCAGAUUCUCCAAUCUCGCCUAAGCGAAAGAGCUUUGGACUGAAAAAAGAUAUCAUAGAUGAGAAUGAAUCGCCAGCUGUGCACAGAGCGACCAGUGUCGAGUAUAGAUCCGCCGGUGGACAUACUCGACAUAUCAGUGCUGGAAGUGCUAGAUUGUUGGACUUGAGCAAGGAUGAGAGGAAGAUUAGUUCUGGUUAG